GGGACCUGCCGCACUAAGUUUGCCAGUCAGCAGCCAUAUUGCAGCAAGAGAGCACCCGGGGAGAGCAGGGCACCUCGGGCAGAGACUGGCAUAAGGGAUACAGUGAGAUAUUGAGCCGGGAAUCUAGAAUUUUUUAAUUUCGGCAGAAGACUUUGAGAAAGACGCAACCAUGCCAAAACCGGUCAAUGUUCGAGUGACCACUAUGGAUGCAGAGCUGGAAUUUGCCAUACAGCCCAACACUACUGGCAAACAGCUUUUUGAUCAGGUUGUUAAGACUGUGGGCCUGCGUGAAGUCUGGUAUUUUGGACUUCAAUACAUAGAUACUAAGGGAUUCCCCACUUGGCUGAAACUUGAUAAAAAGGUAUCUACACAAGAAGUGAGAAAAGAGAACCCUCUCCAGUUCAAGUUCCGUGCCAAGUUUUUUCCUGAGGAUGUGUCUGAGGAGUUAAUCCAGGACAUCACUCAGAAACUAUUUUUCCUGCAAGUCAAAGAAAGUAUCCUGAGUGAUGAAGUGUAUUGUCCUCCUGAGACUGCUGUCCUUCUUGGUUCUUAUGCUGUACAAGCUAAGUUUGGAGACUAUAGUCGAGAAACACACAAAACUGGAUACUUGAGUUCAGAACGUCUUCUGCCACAGAGAGUGUUGGAUCAACACAAGCUUUCUAGAGAGCAGUGGGAAGAACGGAUUGAGGUGUGGCACUCAGAACAUCGAGGCAUGCUCAAAGAGGAUGCAAUGUUGGAAUAUCUGAAGAUAGCUCAAGACUUGGAGAUGUAUGGUAUUAACUACUUUGAAAUUAAGAAUAAAAAGGGCACUGACCUCUGGCUGGGAGUUGACUCCUUGGGCUUGAAUAUUUAUGAGCAAGAUGACAAAUUGACCCCAAAGAUUGGUUUCCCCUGGAGUGAGAUCAGAAAUAUUUCCUUCAAUGACAAAAAGUUCAGCAUUAAACCAAUUGACAAGAAGGCACCUGACUUUGUUUUUUAUGCCCCUCGUCUGAGAAUCAACAAGAGAAUCUUGCAGCUUUGUAUGGGUAAUCAUGAGCUGUAUAUGCGCCGCAGGAAACCAGACACUAUUGAAGUACAGCAGAUGAAAGCUCAGGCCAAGGAAGAGAAGACACAAAAGCAACUAGAGAGGCAGCAGCUGGAAAAUGAGAAGAAGAAGAGGGAAGCAAUUGAGAAAGAGAAGGAACUGAUGAUAAGGGAGAAGGAGGAACUCAUGCUGAGGUUGCAGGAAUAUGAAGAGAAGACAAAGAGGGCCGAAAGAGAAUUAUCAGAGCAGAUUAGAAAAGCCCGUGAAUUGGAGGAAGAAAGAAUAAAAGCUCAGUUAGAAGCGGAAAGACUGGAGGCUGAUCGCAUUGCUGCCCUGCGUGCCAAAGAAGAGCUGGAAAGACAGGCUGUUGACCAAAUGAAGAGCCAAGAGCAGCUGGCUUCAGAGCUAGCAGAGUAUACAGCCAGGAUUUCCCUUCUGGAGGAAGCAAGAAGAGCUAAAGAAGAGGAAGUUGGUGAAUGGCAAAUGCGGGCACAAGAAGCCCAAAGUGAUCUUCUUAGGACAAAGGAGGAGCUGCAUAUGGUCAUGACUGCUCCCCCACUUCCACCUCCACCAGUAUAUGAACCAGUCAGGGAGUAUGUCAACGAGCACUUGCAAGAUGACGGAGUAGAAUACAGUGCAGAAUUCACCUAUGACAACUUCCAUGAUGACCGCAAAGAGGAGACGCGUAUCACUGAGGCAGAGAAGAAUGAGCGUGUACAGAAGCAGCUAUUGGCUUUGACCAGUGAACUUUCUCAAGCUCGGGAUGAAACCAAGAAGACACACAAUGAUUUGUUACAUACAGAAAAUGUUCAAAUGGGUCGUGACAAAUACAAGACCCUGAGACAAAUUCGGCAGGGCAACACCAAACAGAGAAUUGAUGAAUUUGAAGCAAUGUAAUGGAUUUUGUCACCAGACACAGUCAUAUCUCCAUUAAGGAUGUACUGAAGGGUCCAUGUUUGAUAACACUGUAUAGUUGACUGAUAACAGCUGCAAAAAGGAAACAAUUUAUGUUUUUUAUUUCUCCACUUCUUACUCUUUUUCUUUUAGACAGCUAGCAGGUUUUCAUAGCUACCUGGGGCCAAAAUGCAUUACGGCUGCGAUAUGCAACCGCAGCACAUUUUUGCACCAAUUAUUUAAGAUUAACAGUUUAUUAGAAAUGAUGUUUAUGGAGCUAUAAUGAAAUAAUUCAUGUUACUAUUAUGGUGCCAAAAGGCUUAUUGUCAUUGUGGAGAAUUAAACAAUAUUUUUUGUAAGGUUUGAUUAAAAUCUGAUCUGGAUAGCAGGUUUGGCACCUGAUUAUAUACACUGAUGCCAAUGGGUCAUUUGUUUUUAUUAUAUUUUUUCAUUGUAAAUUGCAUUGGUAUAUGCCUGUAAUUAAAGAUUUCUGGGCAAACAUUGUGCCAUACAUUUGAUCUAUGUA